GUUCAAGGCAGAGGGGCGGAGUAGACGGCUAGGUGGAUAGCGUCAGAUGCGUAGCUAAAGAACAUAACGGAUAUAAAAUAUUAGAGGAAUGUUUUAGUAAUGUCUGUAUAACGACCUACCUCAGUUUGUUAACAUGCUUUUUUAUUAAUGUAAUUACCACCGACAAUGCACUAAUAUUUUCCUUUAAUAUGGCCGCAUUACUCUUGCUCCUGAAUAGCAGAUUCUGCCGAAAUAUGAAGAGCAGGUCCUUUUGGGUAUUUUCCUCCGCGAAGAAAGGCUCGCUUUCGGGAAACUUUAAUAUCCUAAAGAGCCACACCAGACUGCCCCCUUUAUCGAAGGAUGUUCUGUGCAUAAACCGCGACGUCUCCACCAGCUCCCUUCUCCAGAGGUCAUUUGUGAAACAACAGAGCCAUGGCUUCAACGCCGGACUUUUGCAGCAAAUACUGUACAGACCGCUGAGUCCUGGAUUACUUGGAAUUAGCAAUAACCUCAUUAAACAACAGCUAACCAAAAACCCAGUUGGAUUAUGGAACAUUUUAGGUGCCAUAAAUUAUUUUAGUACUUCCCAGUAUAGAAGAGACAAAAAGAAAAGCGAUGGGGCGCAAGGAAAACCUACUGAAGAAGAUGAAGAGGAUAAGAAACGUCGUGAGCGGGAGGACCAGAUGUAUCGAGAACGCCUUCGUAUGCUCUUCAUCAUCGCCCUCAUCAUGAGUGUGCUGAACACCAUCAAUAGCAGCGGUGGCAACAUCUCCUGGAACGACUUUGUCAAUGAGAUGCUGGCCAAGGGGGAGGUGUCUCGUGUGCAGGUGGUCCCAGAGAGCGACAUUGUGGAAAUCUACCUGCAUCCUGGAGCAGUCAUCUUCGGCAGACCGAGGCUGGCGCUGAUGUACCGCAUGCAAGUGGCCAACAUCGACAAGUUUGAGGAGAAGCUACGGACUGCGGAGGAUGACCUGAACAUUGAUGCCAAAGACAGGAUUCCCGUCUCAUAUAAGCGGACUGGGUUUUUUGGGAACGCUCUCUAUGCUCUGGGCAUGGCGGCCAUUGGUGUGGCCAUCUUGUGGUACAUCUUUCGGUUGGCGGGCCUGGCCGGCAGGGAGGGUGGAUUCGGUGCAUUUAACCAACUGAAAAUGGCCAGAUUUACGAUCGUGGAUGGCAAGUCUGGGAAAGGAGUAAGUUUCAAAGACGUGGCUGGCAUGCAUGAAGCAAAGAUGGAGGUGAAGGAGUUUGUAGAUUACCUGAAGAACCCAGACAGAUACCUCCAGCUGGGGGCAAAAGUCCCCAAGGGUUCGCUUCUGCUGGGGCCCCCAGGCUGUGGCAAGACUCUGCUGGCUAAGGCUGUUGCCACGGAAGCUCAAGUGCCCUUCCUAGCCAUGGCAGGGUCAGAGUUCGUGGAGGUCAUCGGAGGACUGGGCGCUGCCAGGGUUCGCAGUCUGUUCAAGGAGGCCCGUGCCCGUGCCCCGUGCAUCGUGUACAUCGACGAGAUCGACGCGGUGGGGAAAAAACGCUCCACAAACAUGUCGGGCUUCUCCAACACGGAGGAGGAGCAGACCCUUAAUCAGCUGUUGGUUGAGAUGGACGGAAUGGGAACCACAGACCAUGUGAUUGUGCUGGCCUCCACCAACCGGGCAGACAUCUUGGACAACGCACUGAUGAGACCAGGGAGGCUGGACAGGCAUAUAUUCAUCGACCUUCCCACUCUGCAGGAGAGGAAGGAGAUCUUCGAGCAGCACCUGAAGAUCCUGAAGCUGACCCAGCCAGCUGAUUUUUACUCUCUGCGCCUGGCAGAACUUACCCCUGGGUUUAGCGGGGCCGACAUCGCCAACAUCUGCAAUGAGGCUGCGCUGCACGCUGCCCGGGAGGGCUACAAGUCCAUCGAUACCUUCAGCUUCGAAUACGCCGUGGAGAGGGUCAUUGCGGGGAGUGUGAAGAAAAGCAAAAUCCUGUCAAAGGAGGAGCAGAAGGUGGUGGCCGUCCAUGAGUCUGGCCACGCCCUGGUGGGCUGGCUGCUGGAGCACACAGAAGCUGUCAUGAAGGUGUCUAUUGCACCUCGCACAAACGCAGCCCUGGGAUUCGCCCAAAUCCUGCCCCGCGACCAGUACCUCUUCACCAAGGAACAGCUCUUUGAGAGAAUGUGCAUGGCACUGGGCGGCCGGGCGGCGGAAGCCAUCACAUUCAACAAGGUCACCACAGGAGCCCAGGACGACCUCCGCAAGGUGACUCGCGUGGCCUACUCCAUGGUGAAGCAGUAUGGCAUGGUGCCCAGCGUGGGCCAGGUGUCCUUCCCUGAAACGGAGGAAGAGGGCGCCAUUGGCCGCCGGCCUUUCAGUCAGGGCCUCCAGCAUCAGAUGGACCAUGAGGCGAAGAUGUUGAUUUCACGGGCAUAUAGGCAGACGGAGAAGCUACUCCUAGAUAACAGGGAUAAGCUGAUAGUGCUGGCCAGUGCCCUGCUGGAGCGCGAGGUGGUGAACUACGACGACAUAGAGGCCCUGCUGGGGCCCCCACCCCACGGGCCCAAGAAGAUGAUCGCCCCCCAGAGCUGGAUCGAGGCAGAGAAGGACAAGCAGGACACGGGGGAGGAUGAGCCGCGCAGGCCCAGACGCCCCCCCCGCAAGGAGGAAGACGAGGAUCUUAGCCUGGGACCUGCAUGAACCCCGCAUCCACAGCCUGUCAUGAUGCUGUGUGAGCUAAACAGCACUCCUGGUGGCCACAGAUAGUACUGCACUAAGGGUGCAUUGUAGCUUCUGGUUCGUCUGUGCCUGCAACAGCCAGGGGGCGCUAUCGUGAGAGGGCUGUCAGCUUAAUCAGCUGCGUUGGCCAGAACAGCUGAUGCAUCUGUUCAAAGUAUGUAAUUUAAAUGAAUCAUUUAAUCUAUUUUGCGUAAUAAAUAUUUGGCAAUAAAUUUGUUUGGUGUUACGGAA